GGUCGAUUUCGACAGCGUGUCUGAUGAGUUCCGUCUCUGAGGUCUGUGGCCCUGUCUCCUUCUGGUGGCGUCCAUUACUCUUGUCUCUUUCGUUACCGGGCAACACGAUUCUCCAGCGUCUUCUGGGCAUCGAGAAGUGCAGCAUCGUCGGCUAAUUAUACCCGACGCGGCAUCAUCGCCCACGCCUAGUUGGGCUACAUUUAAAUCGAACCGUGACUGGUUGUGUAACACCUGCAAGUCAUCCAAAGUUCAUUAGGUGAAAAUCCCAAUAUGUCGUCGCUCAAGCACGAGUCUCUGGGGUCGUCGCUGACCGGCGUCGAUCUAUCCUCCGUUGUUCAAUUCCGAGGCAUUCCGUACGGCCAAAUCUCUGCGCGAUUUUCUCCGCCCGAGCCCGUCACCACGUUGCCAGAGAGCUUGGACUGCACUAACUAUGGUCCUCGAUGUCCACAAGUCCCAAUCGAUGUCGGCCAUCUCCUCCGAAUACCUCGCGAACAUGUACUUCCGACAGAACCCGAAGAUGAAUUCCGUUGUCUCAACUUGGAUGUUGUGCUGCCGAAGCAUCGUCCUGCUACGGAGAAGCUACCAGUUAUGGUGUGGAUACAUGGCGGCUCCCAAGCUAUGACAUUUGGAAGCGCAGCAUCCGGAGUUUGCGAUAUGACAACUAUCGUGAAUGAUUCAUUGCGUCUUUCAAAACCCAUCAUUGUUGUUGCUGUUCAAUACCGGCUUAACAUCUUUGCAUUCGGUGACGAUGACAGUGUAGGAAACCUCGCUCUCAAGGAUCAGGCACUGGCUCUGAAAUGGGUCCAAAGCCACAUAUCUGGAUUUGGGGGCGAUCCUAGUCGAGUCACCCUAGCUGGGGAAAGCGCAGGAGCAGUGUACUCCCAUGCACACCUGGUUUCCGAAGCACCGGCGAAGCAAUUCAUUCUGUCCUCUGGUUCCUUGCAUUUAUCGCCUCCCCAACCGCUGGCCAAGGCGAAGGCUAUGCGUCAGACACUUCAAAGGAGUCUUCAAGAUGUGGGUGACUUUAACCUGCGCGACGCUCCUGUUUCGGCAAUCAUAGAGGCACUGAAGAAGUCCGGAAUUCAGUCCUGGUUUCUGCAAAUGGAGCCAGCUUUUGAGGAUUGGGAGGAUAACACGGGGACUGCGCAAAGGCUACUCAUAAGCGAUGUCCAGAAUGAGGCGAUCCUUUGGAAUACAGGCAUCUGGUCCACAGACACUGAUGCCAUUGUCAGUGCUUUCGAAUCGGCCGGCGACAGCGGGACUGAAUUGAAACGGGUAUACAACAUUGAUCCCGACAGGCCUUCUGCGUCUAAAACCGGGGCUCUUGAUUUCAUCAACGACUGCAAGUUUGUUCUUCCAAUAGAAAAGGUGGUCCAGAAGUGGCAGGCCGCAAAGAAACCCGUCUUUCGAUGUGUUUUGGACGAGGUCAACCCCUGGCAACCUUCAAGCGGAUCACAUCACGCUGUUGACUUGCUCCUUCUUUUUGGCGGCUUCGACCUAUCCUUUUCAGUCGCAGCACAUAAAACAGGGAUCCAAAUGCGCAAGAAGUGGAUUGAUUUCAUUCACUCCGAAGAGCCCUGGUCUCCAGACGUGUGCGCAGCGUUCGGGCCCCACGGCGAGUACCGUGAGCUCGACAACGACGGCUUGAGGCUGCGCAGAAGAAUGACGCAAGUAGAAUACCUGGCAAAGGUGGACCUAGCCGUGACAGACCGGGUAUUUAUAGCUUUAGCUGCUGGGAAGAUUAGCCUGUUGAAUUAAAC